AUGACGGACAGCGUGGCUCCAGACGCUCUCUUGAGUGCUGCUCUGGUCCCGCACAUCGACUCGGAGGCCACCACGCGCGAGCCAUCACCCGCCAUUCCCAGUGCGUUGUCCGUGCCGCCACCGACACCGGGCCCGACCCCUCUGAACGACAGCGACUCGGACCACGAACCACAGUCGGACGCAAGCCGGCGGUCUGGCUCGCCCGAGUCGUCAGACGACUCAACUGGCCUGCGCACUCGUCCUAGCCCAGCUAUCCGUCGCACCAAAUCGUCCCUCGUCGCCGGCUCGUCCGACCAUGUCCGUGUCACAAAGCACCUCCGCUUCACGGCCGUCGGCGUCCCGAGCAAUGGCGCUGCAGGCGGUAAACUCGACAUGCACUCGUCCAAGGAGGUCAUCUACCCGGGCGGCAUACGCGUGAACACUGAAAUGCACGCCCGGUCGCAUAGCUACUAUACCGAGCCGGGCACCCCCAACCUUUCAGAGACCGCCGACCAGAUCCGACGCACCAUUUCACUCGCAUCUCUCGACUCGCUCAUUGCUCUGCACAACAGCCCCGAGGACCGCGCACGCUUCAUUGCUGACGCGACGCGGGCAGGCCGUGACCUCGUGUGGCGCGACAAGGACGAGAAGCGCGUGUUCCCCGAAGACGCCGAGCGAGCCAUUGUGCUCGCACUCAAACGUGGUAUCCGCUCGUUUAUCCUCGCGUUUACCGUUCGGUCGGGCGUCAAUGUCAUCCUGCUCCUGUUCAGCGCCCUGCGUCGCAGGAAGAUGACGCUCGGACAGAUCCGACACGCGCUUGUGGGUCUCGACUCGUUCCGCUUCGGCAUGAUGAUUGGCACAUUUACAUUCCUCAACACACUCACUCUCCACCUCCUCCGUCUCGCCCCACCAUUCUCGUAUAUCCGCCGCAGGUUGAAGGCGGGCCUGUUUUCGCCAACGACGUUUGGCCCGCCAGAGCGCGAAGGCGACGAGGGCGAGCACCGCUGGCACGCCGCCGUGGCCGGCGCGGUCGGCUCGUUUGCCGUGCUGUGGGAGACGGCAUCGAGGCGCCGUGGCGUGGCCCAGCAAAUGUUUGUGCGUGGCCUGCAGGCCUCGUACAACCAGUACAGUCCUCGUCUGGGCGUCAACAUUCCGCACGGCGACGUUAUCCUGUUCGGCCUGUGCUGCGGACAGAUCAUGUACGCCUACCUCUUGGCCCCCGAGACCAUCCCGCGCGAGUACAAUGCCUGGAUCCAGAGCGCGUCCGGUGUCCCCGUCCACGCCGUCAUUUCCAACCGUUCGGCCGUCCGCAGCAAUGUCAUUGCCCCGGCCCAGCUCCAGCGCGCCAUUCAGUACCCGGGCGUGACGGAGAAGCACCUCACAACGCUCAAGGCCCUCCAGCAGAAGAUUGCCGACGGAGGCACCCCCGAGUGGCACAUUCCCUGUGCGGUCCUGCACCCAUGGCUCGACUCGUGCAUCGUGUGCAACUUCAACCGCUUCUUUACGCGGUUCAGGUUCAUGCUCCCCGUCUACUCGGCGCUGCACAUCAUCCCCAUGCUCGUGUUCCGUCGUCAUCAAGUCGCAAAGUACCCGGCCAAGAUGGCCUUCAAGGCCCUGUGGGGAAUCACGCGGUCGUGCUCGUUCCUCGGCCUGUUCGUCGUCAUCAACCAGACGCUCUUCUGCGGCCGAUCCCAGAUCAUGGACCGGUUCAAGCUUCCUCCCUGGCUCACGUUCCUCCUCGCGCGCAAGGAGGUGUUCUGGCUCAUGGGCUUUAUCAACGCCCUGUCCCUCUUUGCCGAGGAGAAGAAGCGCCGCGCAGAGCUGGCAAUGUACGUGCUCCCCAAGGCCCUCGAGAGCGGCUGGAGCGCAGCACGCAAGCGCGCAUGGGUGCCCAUCGUGCCCUUUGGCGAGAGCAUCCUCGCCGCGUCGGCCAUGGCAAUGGUCAUGGACGGGUACAAGCACCAGCCCAAGGCGCUGUCCGGUCUCGUCCGCGGGCUGCUGUACCAGCUCGUGGGUCCAGUGUAA